AUGAAGACCCCACACAUCUCCAUCAUGGACUGUUCAUUCUUCUGCCCUCGAGCAAAAGUUCCGCCCAUAUUUUACCCUCGGGCUGGGCCGCCCCCGACGGUGACAGCCCCUCACGGGAUGCAACCCCGCGCCAACGGGGGCAUGCCCCUCACAGGAGCGCUGUUCCAGCCCCGAGCCGGACCGCCCUCACGGGAGCGAGCCUGCGCUUGCAGUCUUUUCUUUCUCCAGGAGGUGCCUGCUGUACAAGAACUGGUGCGUUGUGUGGCUUUGGCAAGGAUCAGUUUUGGUGACUUCCACUGGCGGAUGGCCCAUGCCCACAUCAACCUAGCAAAAGGCUAUCUACACCUCAAAGGGCAGGCCCUGCAAGCAAAGCAGCACUGUGAGAAGGCCAAGGACAUCAUGUACGCCAACACUCAGCUCCCAGCAUCAGAGGAGGAGCGGGGGGAGAUUCUACGAUGUCUGAUCACCAUGUUCCUCACGCUGGGCCAAGCUCUGACGGGACUUGAGAAUUUGAAGGAGGCCGAGCAGAGUUUGCUGAAGUCGGAGAAGGUUGCGGAUGAGCUCCGCCGAGCAGAGGAGGUGACACAAGAAGAGAUGAGACAAGUGGACACCAAAAUUAACUUGGCCUUGGGAAGGCUCCAUGUGAAGGAGGGCAGGUGGGGCGAGGCUGUGGCAUCUUACCAGAGAGCUCUGCAGUUGGUGCAACUCGGCAAGGGAGAAAAGAGUAUGGAGUGCGUGUCCAUCUAUCAGGAGCUGGCAGCAGCAGAGCUGGCCAGGGGUGGCCACGACAACCAUGUGCAGUACCUCCUGCAGGCUCAUUCCAUCGUGCUGACUCAUGCUCCUUCUGGAGAGGAGGAGGGGAAAAUAUCACUUGCUCUGGCCGAGGCCCACACUUCAUCUGGCAGAGCUGAGGAUCACGAUAUGGCCGAGCAUUACUAUCAACAGAGCCUGCAGUGCUACCAGGCAGCGGUGGGGCCAGAACACCCUUUGUCACUCUCCGUACUGGACAGCUACAGUCGGUUUCUGAUACUGGCCAAAAACUAUCAGGCUGCUUCGAAGUUGCUUCAGGAAUCGCUCCCGGCCAAGCUUUCUACUUUUGGAGACUUCAGCGCCGAGGUGGAUGAGACGUAUCGACUCCUCGGGGGAAUCGAGUUAGCGCAGGGACGCCAGAGAUCAGCCUUCAAAAAAUUCAAAAAAUGUCUGGAAAUUCAGACCUUACUGUACGGUUCACAGCACAAAAAGACCAGAGCCACUCAACAAACAGUCCAGCUCUUGUCCAAGUCCCCUGAACUGGCGCUGGCAGAAGGCCGAACUGCAGCAGACCAUUUGAAGCAGAGACCUCUAUUCUGUGCUGUGAUACCAAAGCAUAGUAUAUCGGGUGGUACCAAAGGAAACGUCUAUGACUGACUGAUGUACUGACUGACGAUGGGCACUGCCCAGCUCUGGGAAUCUCCAUCUCAAUAUCACAAUGAAAAUACAGAACCAUCACAGUGCAUUGAACAGGUUGUGAUUUUUUUCCUCACAUCCUCCUGUGUCUUUUGUCCACCUCUUUGACUCUGUGUCCAGUGGCCUUCAACCUAUCUGAUAAAUGGAAGGUCUGAAAUUGGAACAGCUUCAUUCUACAAACUCCGCAACUGGCCCGCCCGCUGGGCUUUAGAGCACCUGUUACCAUCUUGUGCAUGUUCUUAAUUCAUUCAAACUAUUUUUAUUAUCUUGAACUUAUAUUUUUAAGGCCUUUGAAUUGUUUUUUUUUAUUACACCAGUGAGCUUAAUGUACAGCCUAAAGGUUUACAGUGAAAGAACUAUAAACUGUAGUUAGGUUAAAGUUUUCAUAUCCUGUGGAGCCAUGUCUUGCAGUCCCUUGCUGAGCUGUUGUCCUGGCUAUAGUUUGCUGGGAAUGUUUGGAAUUCUGAAUCUCCAUCAAUGUUAAUGCUUUUAAUGUUAGUUUGGGUCUAUUAUUUUGCAUUCUAAUUUUUAAUAAAAUAUAAUUUAUGAAUGAU